AAUCAUUAACGUAACAAAAUGAUACCGUUGUAUAAUGGACAAGAAAAUCAUUAUAAAAAUAUGCUGGAUCUUCAGGAGAAAUUACGAAAGAGCGAGGAGGAAAGAAUUAGGUUGGAAGAGAGGUUUAAUCUUAUGGUUCAAGAGUCACGAAAUAGACACCAAGCGUGCAUUAAUAAAUUAAGGAUUUGUUACGUGGAUUUUCUCGAGGAGCAAAAAUUAAGGGAAGAUAGGAAUGAUAAAUUACGCGGAACAUUAGAUAAGAUUGAUACUAGCUUAGUAUUAAUGACUGCUAAAACAGAGAGGCUUAAUGUUUUGAGAAAACAGUAUGAAGCUUAUUUAUUACGUGUUUACGGGGGACAACGGGAAAAUCGAAGUGUAACGGCCGAUAGUGGUUUAGAAAGUCAAAAUGAUCAAGAAAUCUCUCCAAGUCCUGUUUUUUCAAAGACCCUGCAAACGGUUCCUAAAAAUCUGCUUCCGUAUAUUAAUCAAGAAGCUGACUUAAGUAAAUUUUCACCACAUUUAGAUUAUGAAAAUACCCAAAAGCUCAAUGCGAUGGAAAAAUCAACAGAGCAUCGACAAAAUUUAAAUACCAAAUUUACCGAGGCUACUACAUCGCCAAUACAGUUUGAAAACAUUGUAGCUGCUUCGACGAACUAUUAUUCAAAUUUUCCAAGUUACCUUGAUGACGCAUGGAAAUAUUCGAGUUUUUUGAAAGCAAAUGCACAAAUAAACAACAAUAAUUUGAAGCUUGACUCAAGAAAAUCACCCGAUGAUGUCUCGAUAGCCGAGCAAGAUUUGGGUAACUAUAUCGAAAAAAUCAAGCGACUUCAUACAGAUUUACAACGGAAUGGUGAUAAUGAGUUUGACAAUAGUUUUGAAACAGCAGAUUAUGAACAGAAUACAAGUGGUGAUCUAUUAAAUGUAACCCUAUCGGAAAAUCCACUGCCCCCAUUAGUGGAUGAAGAAUGGAAGAAAGUGAAAAGCAAAUUCCGUACUUUUCGUGAUUUCGUUCAAAGUAAUUCGAUCACUAGUGACUCGAAAAAUUUGACCAAUGCAUCGAGCAAUGCUCGUGAUUCAUGGGCCAUUGCUUUCGAGAGAUUAAGCCAACCAGAUGCAAAUACCGAUGUGCCCCGGACUCGCAUCGGCCAAGGGAAAACAGAAUGGCCAUCUAAAGAGACGAUUGUCUCGAAGAAAACCGAUUUAGACGAGGCGCGUCGUUUGAUUCAACAAAAUCGCGAGCUUCUUUCCAAAGAAGAAUCUAUGUUAACGGAAGUUCUAAAAAUGCAGAAAUCCAUUGAAAUCGAUAAUGCGCCUGAUCAUUUAUUUAAGGAUGAGAACGAUGGAUGUAUAGAGGAUGACUACGAUGACACGGUCGAUAUAGAUUCAUGGAUGCCGAAUGACGUGGAGCAGCAAGUCCAGGAAAUAAAACUGCAGGAUAAUAUUCAAGAUAGGCUCAGAAGGAAAUUAGAGUCCAUAGAAGAGGUUGAUCAGCCCGAAGACGAGGAAAUUAAGGAGAACGACGUGCUGAUUAAUACAGAGGAAGUACCCGGCUUUAAGAAUGAAGUUAAUGAAGGAAACGUCGACGUUAGUUCGGUAAAUUUAUUGAAAAAUGGCAAUGGGAAUGCAAACAAUGAAGAGUAUAUGAGUAAUCAGGAAUAUUACGCAGAGGAUGGCAAUGGUCGUCAACAGCAAUAUCCGGAUAAUCGACAGUACGUUGAAAAUUAUAAACAAGAACAAAGUGAAGAUGAACAGCAAUACAAGUAUGCCAAUGAUUCUAAUCAACAAUAUUUGUACGAUGUAAAUGGCGAUUAUGAAAAUCAACAAUACGCCGACGGACAAUACUUAAAUUAUAUUAAUCAACAGUAUCAACAAUACGAUCCAAAACAGUAUGAGUUAAGUCAACAAUAUGGUUUAACACAAAAUUACGAUCUCAAUCAGCAGUAUAAUUCAAAUGGACUAUACAAUCAAAACGAUUCCAAUCAAGCUUACCGACAAUUCGCCGGUAAAUAUGAAAAGUACAAUGAUAAUGAACAACAGCCUGAUCAAGGGUCAAACAACGAGGAAAACAAUAUAAAUAAUUACGAUUCAAAAUCAGGAUAUGAUUAUUCGCAGCAGGCACAGACUUGUGUCGAAGGAAAUGCAUCUCAAUCGAUUGAGAUAUUAGGAAAUGAUAAUACGUUGCCGGAGUCGAACGAGGAACAGCAGCCCAUUGUCAAUUAUUACGAAGUAAUUAGCCCAAAUGAUCAAGUAAAUAAUUAUGCUUCAGAGCAUGAAGAAGAGAGUAAUACAGGAGUCAAACGAACGACGAGCAGCUCAUUAGAUAAACCAAAGAAGAAAGAUAUUAUAAAAUUAAUCCUCGACUCGGAUUCCGAGAGUUUCAUCGAGAGAAAUCUUUCCAAUACUGAGAGUGACUUUGAUUUCAAUUAGUAUUCUAGUUCUUGAUAUUUUUAUUAAUGCAUUAUUAUUUAAUUCAAACUUCAGUAUCAAUUGCACAAAGCUAUUUAAACAAUAAAGCGUGAUGCAACGCUUUUUAUUAUUUUGUAUAAUAAAACUGUAAUGAUAAUGUAACUCUGCGAACGAGCAAUAACAAUACCGUUUAUGUACAUAUAUAAUAAGGCUCAUUAAA